AUGCAACUUGUUGAAAGCCACUCGAACACAAUUUUAGCUGUUGAAAGCAAUGCAGUUAUGGCUUCAUUUACACCAAGUGAAGAAGAUUGUCAACGUGUCAUGAGUAAUACUGAUAUUACGAAUGAAUUUAUUUUUGUUGUUGAUUGUAGUGGUUCAAUGAACGAUGAAAAUAAGAUUGAAUUAGCUCGACAAGCAAUGUUACUCUUUCUCAAGAGUCUUCCAAUGAAUUGUUAUUUCAAUAUAAUUCGAUUUGGUAGUAAUCAUCAAGGUUUAUUUUCAGAAACCACUGCUGUAUAUAAUGAAGCGAAUGCGCAAAAAGCUGAACAACUUACUAAGACGAUGAAAGCAGAUUUAGGUGGUACUGAAUUAUUAACACCUCUGCAAUGGCUUGAUAAAAAUCCACCAAUUCAAGGCCGUGCACGUCAAAUAUUUCUUCUUACUGACGGUGAAGUUUCUAAUGUAGAUGAAGUAGUUGAUCUUUGUCGAACAAUGGCUACAUCAACUCGAAUCUUUUCAUUUGGAUUAGGUUCUUCUCCUAGUCGCUCACUUGUGAAAGGUUUAGCACGAGCAACAAAUGGCCGAUUUGUUUUUAUUCCUCCUCACACCAGUGUUGAUGUACAUAUUGGUGAACAAUUACAAAAAGCAUUACAAUUAUGUAUUACAAAUGUUAAAGUACAAUGGUCUUUGGGAACAGAAGCGAUAAUAACUGCUCCGACAAAUAUUCCACCAGUUUAUGCUGAUGAUCGUCUUAUUGUUUAUGCUCUUAUACAAGAUAAAUCGGCUCGAUUCGAUCAUAAUUCAACUGUUCUAUUAGCAACUGAACGAUCUCAAUUAGGUAAAGCAAAAGUAACAUAUACGCCUGCUGUAAGUAAUGAUAAGAUGAUUGCUCGAUUGGCAGCUAAGGCACUUAUUCUUGAAUUACAACAUGAAAAAUUGCCAUCAUCAACACAAAAAAAUAAUACAGGUUCAUUACAAACUCGAUUUAAAAAACAUCAUAACGAUGAUGAAGCUACGAAAGAAUUAACAAAGAAACGUAUCAUUGAAUUAUCACUAAAAUAUAAUAUUCUCAGUCCUCAUACAGCUUUUGUUGGUGUUGAGAAACGAAUGGAUACGAGUAAUGCUGAUAUGGUCUUGCGUGAAGUACUCAUACAAAUAUCAGCUGAUGAUCAACAUUUACAAAUAAAUUCUCCAAUGCCUUCGUUGCAGACGAUGAACUCUAACGUAGACCUUUUUGAUAUUUUUACUACCCAAAUGUGUCAUACUGCAAAUGCAAAUGUUUCUCAUUAUUCACCACUUCAAAUGACUCGAUCAAUGCCUGCUUUCGACUGUUUGUGUGCCGAUUUCGAUAUUACUACACCCUUACAACCAACGAACAAACUAUCAAAUAAUUCUUUUAAAAGCGCAUUAUCAUCUGCUUAUAUGUUAAACGACUUCGACCCCUUUUACCAAAAUGUCGAUAAAACGUCUCACAAUGUUCAAACGCAAGCAGAUGAUGUCUGGCCUACGAAUGGCCAAGAUAUUAUUCGUCAAUUGAUUGAUAAACAAAAAUUUGAUGGUAGCUGGGAUUUAGAUUCAAAAAGCCUUGAACGCUUGACUGGAAAACCAUUGACUGCAUUUCAACACUUAGCGAGUAAUCAAAUACUUACACCAGCUAUUGUUAUUGCUGUGUUCGAAACACGAUUUGCUAUGCAUUCAUCAAUGUGGUAUGGUAUCGUGCAAAAAGCACGUAAACGUCUUGUAGAUCUUCUUGGUAAAGAUGUCAAAAAACUCGAUACUCUAUUGGCAGAGAUUCGUAAACAAUUAUAA